AUGGCUCGCGGUACAGUCUUGGUCAUUGCUGGGUCUGAUAGCUCGGGCGGAGCUGGCUUGGAAGCAGACCAGAAGGUCAUUGCCGCCCAUGGAUGCUAUGCUAUGACGGCCACGACGGCUCUGACGGCGCAGAACACAUCGGGAGUCGACGGCAUCUAUCAGAUACCGCCCGAGUUUGUGCGGAAGCAGAUAGAUGCCGUGUUCAAGGAUAUUGUGCCUGAUGUCAUCAAGACUGGCAUGCUAGGUUCAGCGGCGACUAUUGAGAUGCUGGCCAAAGCAUUCACCGAUUACAAGAUCAACAUGCCCCGAGUAGUCUUGGAUCCCGUCAUGGUCGCAACAACAGGUGCUCAACUUCUCCCUGCGGAUGCCGUCAAAGACAUACGGAUCCUGUUGCUGCCACAAACUUUUCUCGCGACCCCCAACAUCCCCGAGGCCAAGCUCCUGCUGGCCGAAGUGGGCAAAGAACCAGUCGACGUGCAGAGCAUCGCUGAUCUGGACCGCCUCGCACGCCGCUUGCAGGAGCUGGGCCCUCGCUGGGUGCUCGUCAAGGGCGGGCAUGUGCCGUUCAAACAGGACGGCACCGUGGCGCGGACCACGGAGGAAAGGGAGAUGAUUGUGGAUGUGCUAUUUGGCGAAGGAAAAAUCACUAGGAUAGAGAGCCCGUACCAAGAUUCGAAAAACACGCACGGGACGGGCUGCUCACUGGCUUCGGCUAUUGCAUCCAACCUGGCUAUGGGGUUGGGGACGGAGCAGGCUGUCAGGGCGGCUUGUCGAUAUGUGGAGGCGGGCAUCAAGACGGCGCCCGGGUAUGGGAAGGGCAGCGGACCCUUGAACCACUUUCAUUCUACUUAUACGUUGCCGUUUGCACCUGGCCGUUUCAUUGAAUACCUUCUCGAACGACCAGAUGUUGCCCCCGUGUGGCACCGAUUCGUCAAUCACGAGUUUGUGAUGGGACUAGGUAAUGGGAAGCUACCCCUGUAUUCAUUCAAGUACUACUUGAUCCAGGACUACCUAUAUUUGACUCAAUACGCGAGAGCAUCCGCCCUAGCUUCAUACAAGGCUAGGACCAUGGACGACAUAGCCGCAGCAAUACUCAUACCCCGUCCUCAGGGCGCAGCGAUAGUAUCUCACAUCCACCGCGAGAUGAGCCUCCACCUCACCUACUGCACCUCCUUCGGCAUCUCCCGGUCCGAUAUCGAGCAGACGGAAGAGCACCAGGCCUGCACAGCUUACACGCGCUACGUCCUCGACGUCGGACAGUCGGAGGACUGGCUGGCCCUACAGAUCGCCCUAGCCCCUUGCCUGCUUGGGUACGGCGCCAUCGGCGAGAUGCUACACGUCGAUCCGGCUACCAAGGCCGAGCAAAAUACUUACUGGCCUUGGAUCCAGAAUUAUGUGGCCGAGGACUAUGUCACGGCGGUCAGGACGGGGCGGGAGCUGAUUGAGAGGCAUGCGUUGGCGUUGAGUCCUAGUCGCGUGGAUGAGCUGGUCAGGAUUUUUGUGCAUGCUACGGCUAUGGAGAUUGGGUUUUGGGAGAUGAUGUCUUACGGCGGCGGUUACGGCUCCCGUGGCGGCGGAGGGUACUCCAACGGCGGUGGUGGAGGCGGUGGCUAUGAUAAGUAUGGCGGCGGUGGUGGUUAUGGCGCGUCAAAUGGUGGUGGCUACGGCGGAGGCGGAGGUGCUGGCGGCGAUCGCAUGUCUAACCUUGGUGCAGGCCUCCAGAAGCAAAGCUGGGACAUGAGCGCUCUUCCCAAGUUCGAGAAGUCCUUCUACAAGGAGGAUGAGGCUGUGGCCAACCGAUCUCAGACCGAAGUCGAUCGAUUCCGACGGGACCACCAGAUCGCUAUCACCGGUACUGAUGUUCCGAAGCCGGUUGAGACUUUCGACGAGGCCGGUUUCCCCCGCUACGUUAUGGAUGAGGUGAAGGCCCAAGGCUUCCCUGCUCCUACCGCCAUUCAGUCUCAAGGAUGGCCCAUGGCUCUUUCGGGACGCGAUGUCGUUGGUAUUGCCGAGACAGGCUCAGGAAAGACCCUUACGUAUUGUCUUCCUGCCAUCGUUCACAUCAACGCUCAACCUCUGCUGGCACCCGGGGAUGGCCCCAUCGUUCUUGUUCUUGCACCAACUCGUGAGUUGGCAGUCCAGAUUCAGCAGGAAAUUACCAAGUUCGGCAGAUCUUCUCGCAUCCGAAACACGUGUGUGUACGGAGGAGUUCCCCGUGGUCCUCAGAUCCGUGAUCUCACUAAGGGUGUCGAGGUCUGUAUCGCGACUCCUGGGCGUCUUAUUGACAUGCUGGAGGGCGGCAAGACCAACCUGCGCCGUGUGACCUACCUUGUUCUUGACGAGGCCGACCGCAUGCUUGACAUGGGUUUCGAGCCCCAAAUUCGCAAGAUUAUUGGCCAGAUUCGACCUGACCGUCAGACUCUCAUGUGGUCCGCCACUUGGCCCAAGGAAGUCCGAGCCUUAGCUUCCGAGUUCCAAACCAACUUCAUCCAGGUCAAUAUUGGUUCCCUGGACCUUUCUGCCAACCACCGCAUCACUCAAAUUGUGGAGGUUGUCACAGAGGGCGAGAAGCGUGAUCGCAUGAUUAAGCAUCUUGAGAAGAUCAUGGAUGACAAAGAGAACAAAGCCCUGAUCUUCGUUGGUACCAAGCGUGUUGCCGAUGAAAUCACCCGAUUCCUGCGCCAAGACGGUUGGCCCGCACUUUCCAUCCAUGGCGACAAGCAGCAGAACGAGCGUGACUGGGUCCUUGACCAGUUUAAGACUAACAAGAGCCCAAUCAUGGUUGCCACAGACGUGGCUUCCCGUGGUAUCGAUGUGCGAAACAUUACUCAUGUGAUCAACUAUGACUACCCGAACAACUCGGAGGAUUAUAUCCAUCGGAUUGGCCGAACCGGUCGUGCUGGCUUGAAGGGCACGGCUAUCACGCUCUUCACUACUGACAACUCGAAGCAGGCUCGUGACUUGGUCAAUGUUCUCCAAGAGGCCAAGCAGCAGGUUGAUCCCAGACUUCACGAGAUGGCCAGAUACGGCGGCGGUGGAGGUGGCCGAUUCGGUGGCCGAGGCUACGGAGGCCGUGGUGGUGGUCGAGGUGGUCGUGGAGGAGGCGGAGAUGGCUCUAACAACAUCCCUCUUGGCCGAAGUCGCUGGUAA